GAGAGAUCAGUGAACACUGACUUCAGGACGUUACAGAACCAUGUUUCUCCUGAGCGUGAUGAUUGUGCUGCUCGCCGCGGCUCGGGCUCAAGAUAUAGAAAUCACAGACGAUGGUGUCAUUAUGACCUGCACUGGAGGAGAAAAUGGGAAAGUAGCAUGGACAAAGGAAAGCGUAGAUAUUGACAACAAAAUAGAAAAUAAUACGACCUUUCGUGUUCAAGCUGAUUCAGGAACAGGAAUAGCUGAAGGAUGGUACACUUGUAAAUAUAAUAAUAUCAUACAAACGUUCUACUUCAAAGUAAAAGUGUGUGAGAACUGCUUUGAGUUGAGCGGAGUGAUGGCGUGGGGCGUCAUGAUCGUAGAUGUAGUGAUCACAGGAGGAGUUAUACUCAUCAUCUACUUCUGUUCUGCCAGAAACAGUGACAGCACACCGAAGAAAGUAUCAAAUUCCCGACCAAUGAACCCUCCUCGACCUCCAAACCAGGACUAUGCGGCUCUGGAUCCCAAGAUGCGCAGCGGUGAUGCGUUGUACGCAGGCCUCAAUAAGUAGAGUCUGUUCAGACGUCUGGAUUACUGUAAAUCAAACUCUGGUGAUUCAUAGGGUUUCUUAAACGCUUGUUCCACUGUACA